AUGGUUAUACUUGGUGAUAACCCUUUGCCGAUGCCCUUGGUUAUACCUUGCAAAGAGGUCUCUAUUGGUUCCUACUGUGAUUCCUCCUUCAAAGUGACUCCAUCUAAUAUGACUGCCAUUAGAGGUCUCAUCCUCGGCGCAGCCGUUGUUCUAUUCAUAUGGUUUAUGGGCGAGCUUAUUCUGCGUAAUGUUGAUAUUAAACUAAGCAAGGAACGUGCCGAAGUAAGCCAUCAUUACCCUGUCCUCAUCACCCAUAUCUCCCUUUCUAUGAUCAGGGUAUGGCACGGCAAGCAGUGA